AUGCGAGAUACCAUCAAUGUUAUCGUCGUCGGUGCCGGCUUCGGCGGGCUCUCGACGGCGAUAUCGCUGAGGAAUAUUGGCUGCAAUGUAAGCGUCUACGAGCUGUCCAAGGAUCUUUCGAGACAAGGGGAUGUCAUCAUGCUCGGGUCGAAUGCAUCUCGCGUCAUCAGCCAGUGGCCUGGAAUGCUAGAAAAGGUCCGCAAAGUGUCUUCACUUCCAACGAACUUGAAGAUCUGCGACAAGAGUGGGAAGCUGUUGGUAGAACAGCCUCUUCCCUCCGAGUUUGACGGCUUCCCCAAUAGCUACGCCAACCGAACUAGGGUUCAGAAUUACAUGUAUGAGUAUGCCAAGGAGAUUGGUGUCCAAUUCACCUUCGAUGCUCGCAUUACGGAGUAUCAGGAGGAUGGCGAGCUCGCAUCUAUCAUCUACAAUGGGCAGCGCAUCUCGGCAGACAUUGUUGUCGCUGCUGAUAGUGUCCACAGCAGGGCUCGCGCAUAUGUGACUGGAAAGCCGGAAAAGGCCCAGAAAAGCGGCUUUGCGGUUUACCGAUCGUGGUUCGACCUCGAUACGCUCAAUAACAAUCCACUUACCAAUCAUAUUGCAGAAUCAGACCAUGAUGAAUAUCGCGUUUGGAUCGGAGAGAACACCCACGCGAUCCUCACCACAAACAGAAAUCUUCGAGCCGUCACAGUUUUCUGCACGCACAAGGACACGACGGACAUCGAAGAGUCCUGGAACAUACCCGGCAAAGUCCAGGAUAUGCUGAAAGUCGUCGAAGACUGGGAUCCACUUCUACAACAGCUAGUGAAGUCAAUCCCAGAGAGCGUACUGAUAGACUAUAAGCUCCUUUGGCGGGACCCCGUCCGCAAAUGGGUCUCUGAUGGGGGGAGAGUUGUCCUUGCCGGCGAUGCAGCCCAUCCCCAUUUGCCCACUUCCGGAACUGGGGGAGCUCAGGCCAUUGAAGAUGGGGCAACGCUGGGCGUUUUGAUCAAGAAAGCAGGCAAGAAGGACCUUAAGCGAGCGUUGAAAGUAUUUGAAAAGCUGCGAUUUGAGCGAACGUCGCUGACGCAGCGAGCCGGGUGGGAGCUGAGACACCGUUGGCACCAAACCGACUGGGAUGCUGUCGCCAAAGACCCUUCUUUCUUGAAUCAACCUCAGCCACGUUGGCUAUAUGGGCAUGAUGCAGCCAAGUACGCCGAUGCCAACUACGAUGCCGCGUUAAGCCACCUCGAUACGGCAUCACCGUUCACCUCAACGAAUGUCCCCGAAGAUUACGUUCACGAGGAUUGGACGAUUGGCCAAAUGAUGGCCAAAGAAGGCGUCAAAGCUGAUGCAGAUUUCUACAGGGUUCAAUUGAAAUGA